AUGGAUGCUACUAGUGGAAAUGUUUUAGCUGAUGAAGAAAGUCAGCUUUCUUUUGGAAGUAGUAAUAGAAUUCAACCUACUAUCUCUUUUACAAAAAACUUAGAUGAUGAAAAGAAGAAGUAUAUUUGUCUCACAAUGGCUGAAAGACUGGGCUUGCCUGACUUCUUCUCUUUGGAUGUGUGGCGAGCAUCGAUUGGAGAGCUAUUAGGUUCUGCGGUUCUUGUUUUUAUGUUGGACACCAUAGUGAUUUCCACCGUCGAAAGUGAUGUUAAAAUGCCAAAUUUGAUCAUGUCAAUUCUCAUAGCAAUUACACUCACCAUUCUAAUCCUUGCUGUUUUUCCUGUGUCUGGUGGCCACAUUAGCCCUGUAAUUACCUUCUCCUCUGCACUUGUAGGACUAAUAUCAAUGUCACGAGCCAUAAUUUACAUAGUGGCACAAUGUGUUGGUGCUAUUUUAGGUGCACUAGCACUCAAAGCUGUACUGAGUAGUACCAUUGAACAAAGGUUCUCUCUUGGUGGUUGUACCGUUACGGUAAUCACACCAGGGCCCAAUGGGCCGGUUACUGUGGGCUUGGAGAUAGCCCAAGCAUUUUGGCUUGAGUUUAUGUGUACAUUUGCUUUGCUUUUUGGUUCACUUUGGAUGGCCUAUGAUCAUCGUCAGUCCAAGUCACUUGGGCUUAUUACUGUUAUGUCUAUUGUUGGGCUUCUAGCAGGGAUUCUUGUGUUUAUUUCAACUACAGUUGCUGCUAAAAAGGGAUAUGCUGGAGCUGGAAUGAAUCCAGCUAGGUGCUUUGGAGCUGCUUUUGUUAGAGGAGGCCACCUUUGGAAUGGGCAUUGGAUCUUUUGGGUUGGGCCUGGACUUGCUUGUUUUGCUUUCUACUUGUAUACAAAGAUCAUUCCUUCGAAUCAUUUCCAAACUGAUGGAUACAAACAUGAUUUCUCAGCUAUAAUCGAGGCGUUGUUUCGAUCGGAGAUGGCCUAG